CCUUACUGCUCCUCGAUCCCUCAUCCCCACUCGUUGCUGCUUCUAGUAUUUCCCAACAAAAGUUCCGAACCGAAACGCAAGGCGGCACUCCGGUUGUUGACCCCGCCCCCGCCGUCGCCGCCGCCGGGUCUCCCUUCUCCUGCUCACAGCUGCUGACGCCCCAUCAGAGCACUGGCAGCAACCGCAUCAUGGAAGGGUCGAGGGAAGACGAUCCGAUAUGCGUCAGUGACAGCGAAGAAACAGUUCAAAUGGAAACCAAUGGGUUAUCUCUCAAGACUCAGGAAAUCGAGUCAAAAAGAAAGUGGGAGACAGCCGCAGACCUCAGCAGCCGCUUUUGCAGUAACCAACAUGAAAGUCCAUGGGAAGGUGGUACAGCGAAGCACAUCGCAUGCCAUUAGUCUGGGCACCAAGGUCACUCUUCGCAAGAGUGGCCUCGAUGGAAUGAUGGUUCGCUCACUACCAUGCUAGGGGAAGUACUGACCCCCGACAAGUCUAGUCCAAUAUUCAGAGCAUGUAAAACAAAAAACUCAGGGAAGAGAUUCAAGAGAAGGAUAUGCUUUACAUGCCGUGAAGAAGGUCACUAUGACCAUCAGUGUCCUCAAAAGUUAAGAGCUAUAUCUGCCAACCUGUCAAAAGUAGUAGAAGAGUGGCCUCUAUGGAAUGAUGGUUCACUCACUACCUCACUAGGGAGGCAAAGCAGUAACCAACAUAAGAGUCCAUGGGAAGGCCGCACAACGGAGCACAUCGCAUGCCAUUCCUCUGGGUACCAAGGCCAAUAUUCGCAAGAUUGGCUUCUAUGGAAUUAUGGUUUGCUCACUACCUUGCUAGGGUGGCAAAAAGAUUUCCGCUUUUGCAGUAACCAACAUGAAAGUCCACGGGAAGGCGGCAAAACAGAGCACAUCGCAUGCCAUUCCUCUGGGUACCAAGGCCACUAUUCUCAAGAGUGGCCUCCACGGAAUUAUGGUUCGCUCACUACCUCACUAGGGAGGCAAAAAGAUUUCCACUUUUGCAGUAGUCAACGUGAAGGUCCAUGGGAAGGCGGUAGAACAGAGCAUCAGGACAAAAUGAAUGGGAUAAUCACUUGUUUGGUUUGUGGCAAGGAAGGACAUUACAGUUGUGACUGCCCUUUCAAGGAUCAGGAGCACAAAGUCUUUUGCACACUCUGUAGCAAAAAUGGCCACUGUAGCAUGUGGUGUUGCCAGCAGAACAAGUCGGAGAGUCGCGCUUGCACCCGCUGUGGAGAGAUAGGGCAUACUGCUAGUACACAUGGUCUCGGUUGCUCAAGCUGUGACGAAUAUCAUCUGGAUGGAGAGUGCCGACUGAGCGAAGUUAAAUGCUUUGUUUGUGAAUGUCAGGAUCAUUAUCUUGCUCAGUGCCCCUUGAAUUUCCAAGGUGCUCUGCGGCUUGCACUAUCAAAACGAGGCAGCACAUCAUCUACACCUGCCAAGUGUUCCGCAAAAUCAGAAGAAAAAGUACUUAGAGCCGAUGGGUCUAGUCCAAUUUGCUUUACGUGCCGUGAAGAAGGUCACUUUGCCUUUCAGUGUCCUCAGAACAGCCCCAGCGUGUCCGAAGAAUUUGAAGAGAGCAGCACUAUAGCUACAGCCACCAACUUGUCCAAAGAAUUAGAAGGCCAGGACCCUGGUACUGCCAAACAAUCAUCAGAAACGAAGCCGAUAUUGUACGAUCAGUGUUGCCCCUCAAAAGCAAAAGUACUGACCUCCAACAAGUCUAGUCCAAUGGUUAGAACAUGUAAAACAAAAACAGAAGGGGAGAAAAGGAUGUGCUCUACAUGCCGUGAAGAAGGUCACUAUGCCCGUAUGUGUCCGCAGAAGUUCGGAGCUAUAUCUGGCAACACGUCAAAAGAAUUAGAAGAGAGCAGCACUAUAGCUACAUCCUCCAACAUGUCCAAAGUAUUGGAAGAACAGGACCCUGGUACUGCUAAACAUUCAUCAGAUAUGAAGUGGGUUCUUCGAUGUGUUAGCUGUGGUCAAGAAGGGCACAAGGCCAGGAGCUGUCCAACACGAGUGUUUGUAUGCUCCUUAUGCAAUGAAGAAGGCCACAAAGCCAAGAAAUGCCCUCAGAAGCGCCAGAAGCGUUAAGACUGCCGCACCAAAAGCUAUCGGUUAAGCAAACAGUGAUACACACUAUACUGUCAUUAAAUUUUCAAUCACGCCAAGAAGCAGCUGGGAAAGAGAUGUUGACACUAAGAUACAACCAAGGAAGCUUGGUAAGAUACUCUCUGAGCUGAGCCAGACCUCCACCUUUGACCAAGACAUAGUGUUCCCUGUUUCGCUGUCAAAUCCUCGCCUCGAGUGUCUACCUCAGGGCUAGGAAGGGACCACCUGACUCAGCCUCCUUCCCUCUGUGCAGCACCAUCGCCGAGUCGCUGGUCGAUGGAAAGCAGGGACGAGUUGUCGCUGGAGGUCGCACAGGGGAGCCAAGGUUGGCUAGAGCAGACGCUCCUGGGCAACAGCCGGCAGAGCGUCGAUGACUGUCGCAACGAGCGGCAUUGAAGGCAAUGUCGGAGGUCCUCACUAAUGGUGUUGAGGCUCGGUCUCGGGUCUUUGUCCAUGAUAAUAGGUAUCCUCCCCCUUCCAGAGGACUCGUCCACCCUGGCGAUGUGCGUGUGCGGUAUCCUUUGUUUGAUUGUCGUUCCCGUUGCAGGCAUGCUAUACUCGAUGAACCUUUGGACUGCUAUGGAGGUGCAGGCCAUCCAUGGUGCCAUAUCGAUUCUGCAUGGCGUGCCGCGUGUGGGUCGGUUUCUUGAAAUUCCUAAUUGGCAGCCGAUUGUUCUGAGAUAGCACCAGUGCAUCUAGCUUUGGAGUUGUAAACUGUCCUGAGCUCAAUGGUUGAACUGGAUGUUUGACAAACUGUGAUGAAUAAUGUUCUUGCUAGCUGCACUGGAUGCUUGACAAGUUGUACAUAAUAUUUUUUUUCUAGCUUCAGACACUUCAAAUAAAGUUCUGUAGCAAUAUUUUUUUCUAGCUUCAGACACUUCAAAUCGGCACUGGAAGAUUGUAGCAAUAGACUCCAAAUAUAAAUAUAGCUUCUUUUUUCUACAGACAACAAUAAGGGCCUGUUCUAGAAUUCUCCUAGCUCCACCGAAUCCACGAUUUCAGCUUCUGGAGCGAGCUCCUCACUUCACCCAGCGAUCAAAAAACGUUCUGGAGAGACGCUGGCUUCUCCCUUCGCUGCAGCCUAGUUGGGAGGCAAAAAGCCCGUUAGGCUCCC